GUAUAACGUAGAGAAAGUCAGUCCCAACGUUGGCGCUGCAACAGACGUAUAGGACGCGCCUCCUUGCAAAAGCCGCCCUUACUUCUCCCACCCUCCUCCGGUACCAUCCGCGACAUAUUCUGAUUAUUAAUCGCUCGGGGAAUCUAUACGAGAGAGAGAGAGAGAGAGAGAGAGAAAUACAGAAAGAUCAGCGCGGUUAUCUCGCGGCCCGUAUCAUUCCCGCGAGGGACAAGUAAAUAUUUUGAAAGACAAGAAAGAAAGAGAUUUGUUUAAACAGAGUGAGAUUGAUCCACCUGGAAUUGGAGUGAAGUAAUCAGAGGGGGAGUGAUCGACGACGAAGGAAGCGGAUCAGUGCACGCGGUGUCCUUUCUUCGUUUUUCGCGCGGGCCAUCGUCCCGGUCCCCGCCCUUACCGGGUGACUCCAUCAGUCCGAUCUCCCGCCAGGACCCGGAGGAGACGUUCCAAAGUGGCCGGGUGACGGCCCUUCUUCCCUGCUUUGUCGCGGGUGCAUCGUAUAUCCUUCUCCGCAGACGUCCCGGUCGCCAGCAUGCUUUCGUCCUCGAGGGUUUUCCCGCCGAUUCUCGCCGUGGCGCUCGUCGUCUGCAUCGGCGCCGUGCACGGUAUUAGAUGUUACAGAUGCGGACAGUACAACGAGGGAGUCGGCAGCAUUACACCGUGCCUUAAUUACACCGCACAGAUGCUGAUGGAAUGCUCGUCCGCGGAGGAAUGGUGCAUCAAAUACGUCAGCGAAGGAUCGACCGUACGGGACUGCGUGAGUCAGUGCGUGGAGAAAGAGGCCUGGAGCACGAGGACGUAUUGCUGCCAGCAGGACGGCUGCAAUUCCGGGCCGUCGUUGACAGCGUCGAGCAGCGCGUACUUCGUCCUGGCAAUCUCGCUGGCGAUCCUCCUGGUGUGCCGAAGCCUCCGUGGCUAAUACGUCAUCCCGCAAGACGGAGGAUCUGAGCGUCACACGGAGCCACAAUAGGUCCUUCAAUCACACAAACUUGCAUCGGGGGGGUUGAGGGGUGUUGAGAGUUGCACUUUGCGUCUCAAACGUUUGCGGCGAACGAUCGAGGCUUCCUAUGUGGUAUGGCGGAACUCGCGGAGACGACAGUCGUCCUUUCCGGUCUUUGGAUCUUCUCGACAAAAAGUCAGAUUACAUUCCGUUAUUUAUUUUACCGUGCACUCUCAACGUGCGCUUUCUUCUUCCCGAUAUCGUUCGACGCAUAUUUAAUUAAAGUUCAUGACAGUUGUAGUCCAGUCAGAGUGAAUAAUGCAUGCCAAUGACACUUGAAAAAGAUUCCGUUGAUUUGAUGAGAUUUGAAGAACCAAUUAUCAGUUAAAAAUAAGCCUCGUUCACCUGUUGCUUUUGUCGACCCACAGAUUGAUCGAUUUCCUAUUUUUAUUUUGAUAAAACGCUGAUAUAAUAUUUAAAGUUGACACUUCAUAAAAACUUUACAUCUAUCAUUCAUAUGCGGAUAUGACACUCAAAUAUUCACUCUUUAAACAUCUCCAUACUUAUUACAUAUUUCCUGAAAAUUCUUCCUCUCCAGGAUGUUUUUACAUCAAAAUUAAAAUACUAUAAGAUCGAAUUCACAACAUAAAAAAAAAAUAUAUAUAUAUAUGUAAUUAUUCUGUUCUAAAAUUCAAUUUUUUAAGAAAAUUUUUAUAUAGAUGUAUUUAAAGUGUUUAAAGUGUUUAAAAACCGUAGAAAAUUAUGAAUAAUAAAUAAAGCAUCAUGAUUAUUUAUUCAAACAUUAUUCUUGAACUAAUAAAUUUCUUUUUUCCACGUUACCACAUAUUUUCGCGGAUGUUCAGCGAAUCUCGCUUUGCAUUAAAAUCCCAUCUUCGUACGAGAUCCUUAUCAAAUACAAUUUAUUUUACUUCCAGGCAAUAUUAGCUUCUUUAUUAAAUCGAAAUAACAUGUACAGAGCUGUCUGAAAAAUAUCUUGAUCAAUGAAAGAAAAUUCCAAAAAAAAAAAAUGGAUUGUUCACAAUUCCUCGUUCAAUAAAUAAUCGGAACAAUAACAAUGAUUUUAACUCUUGCGACUUGAGGACGAUAAAGCGAAUAGUCAUCAUUGUAUCGCGCUUAUCCGCUUUCAUGGUAGCUUUACGGUGCGAUCCGACUUUGUAGACGCGCAAUUGAUCUGCUUCUUUUUGCACUAUUUUUGAAAUUUUUUUUUGUAAGCAAAAUGGUUUUCUGUAAUCAUCCGAAUUAAUAGAUGGAUCAUUCAAAACUGCUCAAACAAUUGAAUUUUUAAAUAAGAGAUUUAUCCUUCAAAUUCUUAUUUGCAGAAAAAAAAAUAAUUUUUUAUAGUUUCUCUGCUUUAAACGGCAAGAAAAAUACAGAUGAAAGUGCGGGAAGCUCAAAGACAUUUUAUGUAUGUAUCGUUCUCCGCAUCACGAUUUUUUUAUUCUUCGAGUUCUCGCCGAUCAGCUUUCUGUCGAGGAAACGCCAUUCUGUCGAGGGUGGUCUUCGGAUUGAAUUUAUUCAAAAAGUUUCGGCGUCCCAUUUUUCGUCGGGCGUUUUAUCGACGCUUCUUCCAUCCACCCCUUCGGCCUCGUACACGCGAGUUUAAUAAUAUCGGGUUGGCGGGCCGAAAAAGGGACGAUCGAGAAGUAUAGGAGGCGAUUUAUCAAUAUUUUAUACGAACGUCACGUGAUGAGUUUUAUAAAUAUUUUGACGCAUCCUCUUUCAUUGUGGAUACCGCGCUUUUUCAGGCCACAAACGUGCAAGAAUACCUUGUGAUAUUUCAUUAUAAAUCCGUUUUGAAACUCGUGUGAUUCUUUGAAAUUCUUUUCAUGGAAAAAUCGCGUUGUCAACAAUACACAACAGCUGAUCCGUUUAAAGAGAUUAAAAUGGCCAAGGGAAACACCUUCCAACUAUAAAAUACAAAUAAUCUAACAAAAAAGAUGAUCUCAUUCAUAUUAAACAAUUUUGAAAAAAAAUAAAGUUUGUAAUUUUUUUGCUUUUUCCUUACGCUUUUAAAAUAUUUUAAAUUUUUGAAGAAUAAAACGCGGAGCGCGCUUUGAAAAUAUGACACGCGUGAAAAGAGCCGGGACAACUAAAGUUACCGUGAUAUGUUUUAAUAGGUAUUAUUUAUGGCCGAAGGUGUCAGGAUGUCAAUAUCGUUCGGGAACAUUGCUUUUUCAUGAGCAUCUUUCAAAACAGUUAAUCCCUGAUAAUCCUUUUUGACGCCGAGGCGACGUUAUCGAUUGUACCGUAUAUCUCUAUGCGAAGCCUCUACUAUUAUGAGAAAGCGCCAUGAUGAUAAAAAGAAUUUGACCUUUUGCGACCCGAUUUUUUUCCAUUAGCCUUGUAAAGCCGAUUAUUGUUCAAAAGAUAAACUUUGUUAUCUUGGAAGAAGAAAGCACGCAGUGAGAGAGAGGUUUCAAACUCGUUUGCUUGCAAACGAUCGUAGUUUUACGUGAUUUCAUGUUAAAUGAAGAAAUAUUUCUCGGGCACAAGGAAGAGAAGACACUACGAGAGUCUAAAAAUACGAAAAACGUGUUACUAAUGCAUGAUAGAUCAAAAAAUGAAUGGGUUAUCUACAGAGAAAACGCACAAUAAGUCUAAUCUUGAACUUGUCUGAUAAAACAAGUAUCUCAGAAAUUCAUUCUUUUUCUUUCAGCGCGCGUUUUAUUCUUUGAUGUCAAAAAAAUUUCUCGGUUUAUAUAUAUAUAUAUAUAUAU